UUUGAAUCGGCUGAUUGUGAGCACUCGUCGGGUAGAACUUACGGCAGCCUCCGUCGUAUGUGUUAUCAGUAUUACCGCCCUCGACGCUAUCGCUGUGGUCGCAGGUUCUCAGCUGUUUGUCCACAAUUUACUGAUCAGUCUUGCGAAAGCCUGACGCCAAAGCGCGCGGGAGUGCUAUAUCGACUGCAAAUUGGGGGGGUGAACGACACGAUGGCAUCCCGAAGACAGGAGCUGAGCGAUGAAACCCAGGUGGACUAUCGCGAGCGUCUGCCCAAUGUGGGUGAACUGAUUGUUCCGCACAUUUAUUCCGCCUGCAGUUGGUCAACCGUGCGGACGCGUGUUCAUGUGCUUCAAUGGUUACCAAAGUACCACGCCAAAUAUUUGCUCUCGGACAUAAUCGCCGGAGUAACGGUUACGCUGACUGCAAUACCCCAGAGUAUAGCCUACGGGAUUCUGGCCAAUCUACAACCCCAGGAUGGCAUUUACUCUAAUCUGAUCGGUUGUUUGAUGUAUUUCCUGUUCGGAAGCGUCGCCGAUGUGACCGUAGCACCGACUUCCAUCAUGGCCAUUAUGGUCCAGGGUGUGGUAACGCAGAUUGGGCCUGGAGCGGCUCUGCUGACACUGCUGGCUGGUUUGGUUACCUUUCUGUUCGGUAUCCUACAUCUUGGCUUUUUGGUGCGAUUUAUUUCGAUGCCCGUAAUCACCGGGUUUACGACAGCGGCGUGUCUGACCAUCGGGAGUGCUCAACUGCGAUCGCUGUUCGGAAUUAACAGUGCGGGGAAGAGUAGUGAUUUUAUAGAUGCAUGGGAGAAUGUGAUCACUAACAUUGGCGAGACUCGACUGUGGGACACCGUUCUUGGAUUCAGCUCAAUCGCAUUCCUGGUUAUUUUUAGGCUGAUAAAAGACUGCGGCCAGGGCCAUUGGAGAACGUUUUCCAAGUACCUGUCCCUGUUGCGUAAUGCACUGGUCGUUGUAAUUGGCGCUUCUCUCGCAUACGGUUUCUCCCUGAAUGGUUCCCAACCGUUCAAACUAACCGGUCAUGUCGAGUCCGGCCUUCCUCCGUUCAUCGUUCCACCGUUUUCGAUCACCAACAACGGCACAUACUACGCAUUCUCCGACAUGAUCUCCGUCAUGGGCACCUCAAUCAUCACGAUUCCUCUGGUUUCUAUCUUGGAGAUCAUAUCGAUCGGGAAAGCCUUCUCCAAGAACAAGAUGGUGGACGCUACGCAGGAGAUAAUCGCGUUGGGAAUGUGCAACAUAGCGGUUGCCUUUUUUUCGCCCCUUCCGGUGGCGGGAUCGUUUACUCGAACCGCGAUCAACAACAGCAGCGGAGUGAAAACUUCUCUCGGUUGUGUGGUGACAACUGUCAUGCUGCUGUUGGCACUGGCCAUUCUAGCAGACGCAUUUUACUAUAUUCCGAAGGCAACUCUCGCUUCGGUGGUGAUCUCCGCCAUGAUAUUCAUGGUGGAUUAUGGGGGAAUCGCUGAUAUUUGGCGUGCUAAGAAAAUUGAUGUGUUGCCCCUGGUGGGAACAGUCAUCGCUUGCGUCUUCCUGGGACUCGACUAUGGGAUUCUUGUGGGGAUUGCUGUCAAUUGUUGCUUCCUGCUUUAUCUAAUGUCGGCUCCGGAGAUAACGAUGGAAACGAGACACAUCGAUAGUACGAAUGUGCUGAUAGUGCGACCUGCGCUGGAUUUAACCUUUUCAUCGGCAGAGUAUCUGAGAGACCGAGUAAUGCGAACGGUAGUGGAAGCGUACCAAAACCCUAUCGAUCUGGUGGUUCUGGAUGGUAGUGGAAUGAAUUUUGUGGACACGACCGUGGCGAAGAAUUUGGCUAGCGUGGUGAGUGAUCUCCAGGGACGUGAGGUAGGACUAGUGUUGUGGAAGUGGAACAGAAGCACCGCCGGUACGGUGGUUAGACUAAGUACUAGGUUUGUGCCGCUGUUGAAAAAUGGGGCUACGAUCGAUGAUGUAAUACUGAAGUGGAAAUCGGAAUGGGAAAAUAGCACAAAAGAGGCCUGAUGACGGAUAGUAUUGCACAAGGCAUAAUUAUUCCUCUCAAAUGUAUUAUAAUUCCAUGCGCUUUAACGUGCACAUGAUGGGUUAUUAUCUAGAUGCAUAUGUUGAAGACGGGUAUUAGUAAUCAUAGCUGACUACUACCAUUAUAGUUCCACAAAUCAUGUUCCUAUACUAACCGGAAGCUGUGAAUUCGCCUGUUUUUACUACUUGAUAAAUAAACUAUUCU